UUAAAAAGGAGUCCCGACACGAUAAAGGGACUUAUGUGGUGUGAUAGCCCUUUAUCCCUCCUCGAACAAGAAAGUUCCCGUUUUAAUCUAAAGGGCAUGUUUUUAAAGAUAUAAGGGACUUUCCGACCCUUCAACUUGGAAAUUAAGUGCAUUGGCGCCAUCUGUUAUCGAAUAUUUGAACUUCGUUCAAGACAUCCAAUAGUCAUAGUGUAUAGUCUCCAUAGUGGCGCCAUCUGUUAUCGAAUAUUUGAACUUCAUUAGAAUACUCUAGAAGGUGUGAGAGAGAAAUUUCUCGAAUAUUCUAGAGCCUAGCUCUCUGAAUAUAUAAGAGCCCGGUGUCGCUCACCAGAGUUAGUUUAAUUUGAACAGCGAAACGAGCGAUUUCAAAACGAAAAGAAGAGAAGUUAUCUGUGAGCCUUUAUUUAGAAGUAUCACGUGUGAGUAUUUUUAAUAGUGUGUUUAAUUAACUCUCGAUUUUGAAACGAAAUAGAAAAAAGUUAUUUGUGGGUUUUUAUCGUGAAAUUUCAAAUAAUACAAUGCCCAGACGUAAGAGAGGAGGAGAUUUGGCCAGUUCUGCAGCGAAACGGCGAAAAAAAAAAGAAUCUCGAAGAAAUGAAACGGAAGAAGAGCACGAAGCACGUUUACAGAAUCAACGGACCAGAAUGAGUAACCUGAGAAGCACAAGAAGCGAAGAAAGAACAGCAAAUAAAAGUACUGAAGAGUCGAGAAUUUUAAAAGAUAAUCUAACAAAGGAAGCAUUCCACUACGAACCGACGAAAAAAUAUUACAAUCAUAAAUACGUUGUUAUUGGAAAAAUGAAUAACGUUUGCCAGUUUUGCCAUGCAAAAAAAUUCAGUAAAGAAACACCAGGUCUCUGUUGCAUGAAUGGAAAAAUUCGAUUACCACCAAUUGAAGCACCUCCGCAGGAAUUUCUGCAUUACAUGCUCGGGGAAACACUAGAAUCAAAACACUUUCUCCAAAAUAUAAGAUCAUAUAACUCCUGCUUUCAAAUGACUUCUUUCGGUGCUACUUCGACUAACACUAAUAGAAAUGAAUUUGAAUAUGUAUUUUCAAUUCAAGGGCAAAUUUAUCACAAAAUAGGAUCGUUACUGCCAAUGUCUAACGAAGACCAUAAAUUUCUACAAGUAUAUUUCAUCGGAAAUGAAGAACAAGAAAUUGAUCAACGAUGCACAAAUUUUAAUGGACUGAGACGCGAAAUAAUCCAAGAUGUACAGAGGAUCUUACACAAGUAUAAUCAACUGAUUUAUAUAUUCAAAACAACAUUAGACCGCAUGAUUUCUGAUGACUAUAAAAUUGUAAUUCGAGCCGAUAAAAGACCACGUGGAGAACACGAACGCAGAUUUAAUGCACCUCAGGUAGAUGAAGUCGCCAUUGUAGUUGUGGAUAAUGAAAAUACAAGCCGUGACAUAAUUGUACAUCGAAGAAGAAAAGGACUACAACGCAUUGCAGAGACACACCGUUCAUAUGAUGCUCUUCAAUAUCCGUUAAUAUUUCUGCACGGAGAGGACGGAUACCAUUUCAAUAUAAAACAAAUUCAUCCUGAAACAGGCAUAGAAACAAACAAAAAAGUCACUUCUAAGGAGUUCUAUGCUUACCGCUUAAUGAUCAGAGACAAUGAAACAUAUAAUCACAUACUCAACACUCGCCGUUUAUUCCAACAAUUUCUGGUAGAUAUGUACGCAAAAAUAGAAGCAGAACGGAUGCUUUACAUAAGAUUGAAUCAGAAAAAACUACGCACAGAAGAAUACAUCCACCUUCGAGACGCGAUCAUGAAUGACGGCAAUAUUGACGAUAUUGGAACAAUGGUAAUCUUACCCUCAUCAUACAUAGGAAGUCCAAGACAUAUGCACGAAUAUACACAAGAUGCCAUGACCUACGUAAGAAAAUAUGGACGACCUGAUCUCUUUAUAACAUUUACAUGCAAUUCAUCAUGGCCAGAGAUCAAAGAACAACUAAAAUACGGACAAACCUCCAUAGAUCGACACGAUAUAAUAGCCCGAGUUUUUCGACAAAAACAAAUACGAUUUAUUGAAGUCAUCACAAAAUAUCACAUCUUUGGAACUGUUAUUUCAUGGAUGUAUACAAUUGAGUGGCAAAAACGAGGAUUACCUCACUCACACAAUCUCAUAUGGCUACACGAUAAAAUUUAUCCCACGGAUAUCGACAAAAUCAUCCGAGCUGAAUUUCCUGAUCCACAAAAAGAUCCGGAGCUUUACAACAUAGUAGUGAAAAACAUGAUUCACGGACCAUGUGGAUCAUUAAAUUUCAAUGCGCCAUGCAUGAGUGAUGGAAAAUGUACGAAAAAAUAUCCAAAACCGUACUUGGACGAUACCAAAACUGAAGAUGACGGCUAUCCCAAAUAUAGAAGACGAUCACCGAAAAACGGUGGCUUCACAGCAAAAAUACGAAUACAAGGCAGAGACGAACUGGAAAUAGAUAAUCAAUGGGUAGUACCGUAUAAUCCACUACUUUCCAAAAUGUUCCAAGCACAUAUAAACGUUGAAUACUGCAAUUCAGUAAAAUCUAUUAAAUAUAUAUGUAAGUACGUAAACAAAGGUAGUGAUAUGGCAGUAUUUCAAAUAGUCCAAAAUAGCGAACAAAAUAACAGAAAUGAUGAGAUCCUCAUGUACCAAAUGGGAAGAUACAUCAACAGUAACGAAGCAGCGUGGAGGAUUUUUAGUUUUCCCAUACAUGAACGCGAACCAGCUGUGCAACAUCUAGCAGUACAUUUGGAGAAUGGACAGAGAGUUUACUUCACAAAAGACUCGGCUAGAAAAAUUGCAAGCGAACCACCUCAGAACACAACAUUAACAGCUUUCUUCCAACUGUGUCAAACAGAUCCAUUCGCCAGAAAGUUAUUGUAUGUCGACGUCCCUAUUUAUUAUACGUGGGACAAAACAAGGAAAAUUUUUCAACGUCGGAAACAAGGAAUGCCAGAGGAGGGUCAUCCAGAAAUCAUAAAAACUAACGCAAUAGGUCGAGUAUUCACUGUACAUCCAAACAAUGCCGAAUGUUUUUAUCUCCGGAUGUUGUUACACGAAAUACGGGGACCAACAAGUUUUACAGAUCUCAGGACCGUUAAUGGCUACCUAUGCCAGACUUACAGAGAAGCAUGUCAACGCUUAGGAUUAUUGGAAAACGACAACCACUGGGAAUUAACACUACAAGAAGCCACACUCACAGCUUCAGCUGAACAAAUUCGAGAGUUAUUCGCUAUAAUAUUAACAACAUGUAACCCAUCAAACCCAAAACAGCUAUGGGACUCUUUCAAAAGGAGUAUGAGUGAUGAUAUAUUGUACCAAGUCCAACAAGCUAAUCCUGAACUGACUAUAGAAUUCAAUGACGAGAUCUUCAAUGAAACACUCAUUCGCUUAGAAGAUAAAUGUUUAGCAAUAAAUAAUCAGGCCUUAGUAGAACUUGGAAUGCCAGCACCACAAAGAAAUGCUUUUAGUGUGCUAAACUACGAAAUUAUGAAGGAAAAAAGUUACAACAUCAAUGAACUACUUGAAUACAUUGCUCACAACAAACCACUUCUCAAUGACAAUCAAAAAAAAGUUUACGACGUUAUAAUGAGCCGGAUAAAUAACAAUAUUGGUGGAAUUAUUUACUUGGACGCACCAGGAGGCACUGGUAAAACGUUUCUCAUAAAUCUAAUACUGGCGGAAAUACGUGCUAAAAAACUCAUCGCACUGGCACUAGCAUCAUCUGGCAUUGCAGCCACACUUAUGGAAGGAGGACGAACUGCCCAUUCUGCCUUACAACUACCAUUGAAUAUAGCCGAACAACAAUUCCCGGUAUGUAAAAUUUCAGGAAAAUCUGGACGUGGUCAAAUUUUAAAACAAGCUAAAAUUAUCAUCUGGGAUGAAUGCACCAUGGCCCAUAAAAAAUUUAUAGAAGCCAUGGACAGAACAUUACAAGAAUUGCGAAAAAACUCUGAAAUAAUGGGAGGAGCUCUACUCAUACUCUCAGGAGAUUUUCGACAAACACUUCCAGUUAUUCCCAAGUCAACAUCAGCAGACGAGAUCAAUGCAUGCUUGAAAAAAUCACAUCUCUGGCCACAAGUACAAAUACUGCAAUUAACAAAAAACAUGAGAGUUGAAUUAUCAAGAGAUGAAACAACAGCACAAUUUGCUAAAAUACUUUUACAAAUCGGCGAAGGUACAUAUCCUACUGACCAAACGACCGGCCUCAUUGAACUUAAUAGUGAUUUCUGUAAUAUAGCCACUACUGAAGACGAACUAAUCGACAAAAUUUAUCCAAAUAUUAUUCAGAAUUAUACUAAUGCAGAGUGGUUAUUUCAAAGAGCAAUUUUGGCCACUAAAAAUAAUAUUGUUGACGAUAUCAAUUUUAAUAUUCUAAAGAAAAUACCUGGUGAAGAGAAAAUAUAUAAAUCGAUCGACACGAUGGUAUCCAUUGAAGAAAGUGUCAACUUCCCCACUGAAUUUCUAAACUCUUUACAAGUACCAGGAAUGCCAUUACACUGCCUUCGUCUGAAAAUUGGAACUCCAAUCAUACUACUCAGAAAUCCCAACUCCCCAAAAUUAUGUAAUGGAACUAGAAUGAUCGUAAAACAGCUAUCGAAUAAUAUCAUUGAAGCUGAACUUAUUUCUGGAAAGACCAAAGGACAGACAAUUUAA